AUGCAAGGUGUAGACGAUGACUUUGACUGGAAACUGGCCUCAACUUCUGGUACAGCAAACACUGGACCUUUACAGGAUCACACAGGCAAUACAGGAGCAGACGGAAGGUUCUUAUGGGCAGACUCAUAUAAUGGAGGUGGAGGUCAGAAGGCUGCCAUAGCAACCCCUCCAUUCAAUCUGACAGGAGAUGAAGGAUGGCUAACAUUCUGGUAUCACUUAUAUGGGGAUGGAAAACUUGAGAUCAGAGUGUGUCAGGAUGGAGAGACAGUUCUCGCAUUUGAUGGAGAUCAAGAAAACGAAUGGCAUGAACAGAACAUGACUGUGUCAUGUGGAGAUAAUCCAGUUCAGAUUACUUUCACGUCAACUAGAAGUUCAUCAUUGAGUGAUGUGGGUGGUGAUGAUCUCUUUCUCUACCACCGUUUACCGAGAUAG